AUCAUUGGCCUCUUAUAAAAAAUAUUAUCGCAGCAUAAUUAUUUUCCAUUAGUUUUUUACGCUUCAUUGACGCUUAGUAGCAUAUAUCGCAAAACUAGCGUGUUUCGAUGACGGAAUCUUAUCGAUAAAUUAUAUCAGAGUAUCUGAGAUCUAUUUAAACUUUCUCUCAUAUCAAGAUACAAUUGAACAAAAUAAUAAUGAUAAUAAUAAUUGUAAAAGUAUUGACUGGACAAUUUAUGAAUAUAUUGUACUUUAAAUUCAAAAAAACUGUCGAAGAGAUGCUGUCGAGAUGACAGUUGAUCAUAUCAAUGUCCCCACGACGGCUCCUUAGAUUGUAUUGGCCUUCGGCAUGCUGAAAACUCAACUAAGUUUCUUCUCACUUGUAUAGCUCACAUCGGUUACAAUCUUUGUAAUGGGAAUUAAACUCCAGUCGGGUUUUUACCGUCAUUCUACUCACAACGAUGUGCUACUUGUCGUUAAGUUAAUUCGUUGUACUUUAAAGCCGCCUUUGAUCCGUCACAGAAAUCAAUUAAAAGUCAAUCAGUUAACGAUGAAAUAAAAUUUAUUUAUUGACUUAUUUAACAACUUAACUUUGCAAAUUGUCUACCCGUUAAUGGUAUCAAGUAUUAUUUCAAUUGAUUAUUUGUUAUAAGUGAAAGUUGAUAGAAAUUUUGAAUUUAAAUUGAGUUACAUUUAACGCUCGUAAAACUAUCAUGAAUUCUAAUGAAGAAAAACAAACCAAGAAACUAAAAUAUCCAAAGUCGGUAUUUUUCAUCGUCAGCAAUGAAUUCUGCGAAAGAUUUUCUUACUAUGGAAUGCGAACAAUUCUAUCAUUGUACUUGACAUCAAAAUUAAGUUAUAGCGAUGAUACGGCAACGGUUAUUUACCAUACCUUCACGAUGUUUGUAUACUUCUUUCCAUUGAUCGGAGCGAUACUCGCAGAUUCAUGGCUCGGCAAGUUCAGGACCAUUCUUUAUCUGAGUAUUAUUUAUGCAAUCGGACAACUUUUACUAGCGGCAAGUGCAGCUCCGACGUUUGGUCUGCCUAUCAGAGAGUUUUCAAUACUUGGAUUACUUCUGAUCGCUUUGGGAUCUGGUGGAAUAAAACCAUGCGUUGCAGCUUUUGGAGGCGAUCAAUUUGUUCUUCCACAGCAGGAAAAAUAUUUAGCGAUGUUCUUUUCGGUAUUUUACUUUGCUAUUAAUUUAGGUUCGUUGAUCUCCACGUUUCUUACUCCAGAGUUACGUCAUGGUGUUAAAUGUUUUGGAGAACAGACUUGUUAUUCUGUUGCAUUUCUUGUUCCCGCUAUUUUGAUGACAACGUCAAUUGUUAUUUUCUUGUUUGGUAAGUCGAUGUACAAGAUGAAAAAACCGGAGGGAAAUGUUUUUUUAAAUGUCACCAAAUGCAUAUCGCAUGCAAUUUAUAAAAAAACAACAAGAAAAAUUUCCCGUGAUCAUUGGCUGGAUCAUGCCGAUGAUAAAUACGAUUCAAAAUUAAUAUCUGACAUAAAGUCAACAUUCCGAGUUCUCACACUAUUCAUUCCAUUGCCGUUCUUUUGGGCACUUUUCGAUCAACAAGGGUCGCGUUGGACAUUCCAAGCAACAAGGAUGGACGGUCAGAUAGGAAGUUUUGUCCUAAAAGCUGACCAAAUGCAAGUUGUCAAUCCACUUUUUAUCGUUCUAUUUAUCCCUAUUUUCGAGACUUGCAUUUAUCCAAUGCUGGCUAAAAUAAACAUUAUAAAUACGCCGCUUAAAAAAAUGGCAACUGGCGGGUUUCUUGCCGGUCUUGCGUUCAUUGUUUCCGGGCUUGUAGAACUACAGCUCGAGAAAACAUAUCCAGUAUUGCCGUCCGAUGGGUUGGCGCAAUUAAGACUAUUCAACCCAAACAAUUGUGAUGUAGGUAUUAAAUUAAAUAAUAACCAGUCAUUUGAUAUAUCUCCUUUUGCAAUGUGGCAAAAUACAAACAUAAAUGCAGUCGGUGAUAAAUCUAUCAAGUAUGAGAUCAAUUUUUCAAAAUGUGGUAUUACCGAAAUUAAUUAUGGGUUAUUUAAUGUGACUGAAAAAAAAGCGACGUCUUUCGUUCUAAUUCCUGAAUCUAGUCCGUACAAGUUCGAAGACCAUGUAAAUAAAACUGAUGUAGGAAAUCCAGCAAUAAGAGUACUUACUCACAAUACUCUAGAUACUCCGGCUCUUGUAGAAGUACUUGAUAGCAAAGAUAACAAAAAAUACGAAUCAAAAGUAGCUAAAGGAGUAGAACACUCGCUGUUCGUCGAACUAGAUCCUGGAACCUACAAAGUUAAAGUAAACGGUGUUAAAAAAGAAAUAAACUUAAAAAUGGGAGGUGUUUACACUGUCCAAACUUACGCGUCUAAAGAUUUAAACCAAGCGGGUAUGGUAACAGUUACCACGCCAAAUUCCAUGCAUAUACUCUGGCUGAUUCCUCAGUACAUAAUCAUAACGAUGGGCGAAGUAAUGUUCUCAGUGACGGGUCUUGAAUUUGCAUUUACUCAGGCUCCAAUCAGCAUGAAGUCGCUCCUGCAAGCCGGCUGGCUCUUCACUGUUGCAUUUGGUAAUCUCAUUGUAGUGAUAAUCGCCGAAGCUAAGAUCUUUGAUAGGCAGGCCAACGAGUUCUUCCUUUUUGCUGGACUUAUGCUUGUCGACAUGGUCAUUUUUGGAGUCAUGGCCAAGUUUUAUAGAUAUGUUAUCGUUAAUGAUGAAGAUGAUGAUAGCGAUCAUUAUGAUGACGUUGCAGACGCGAGAAACGGCACAAGACUUAAAGACUACGGGGAAAGCAAUCCUUCCUUCACCAAAAAUGAUGAAUAAUAUUUUUUUUUUGCAUUAGACUGUAAGAAUGCUGUUAGUUGUAUAAUGAAUGGUUAAUUUUAAGGCUAAAAAUUAUUUUGUAAAUAUUUAUCAAGACAUUUUGAUAUUUUUUGUUGUAUAAUAAAACGCUUUAUUGAAAUUA